AUGUCUUACGGUGGUUACUCAAACGGAGGCGGAUCAUACGGCGGCGGUGGUAGCUCAUACGGCGGCGGCGGUGGUGGAUACGGCGGCGGUGGUUACGGCGGCUCUCGUGGAGGAGGCGGCGGUGGCUACGGCGGUUACUCUGGCGGCGGCGGCGGUGGCUACGGAGGUGGUGGCUACGGCGGCGGCGGUGGUGGUGGUGGUUAUGGAGGAGGUGGUGGUGGUUAUGGCGGCGACCGUAUGGGUGCGCUUGGCGAUAACCUGCGUAAACCUACCUGGGAUGCUGCAACCAUGACUCCCUUCCAAAAGAACUUUUACCGCGAAAACCCAGCAGUCACGGAGCGCACUGAACAAGAGAUUCAAGAGUGGCGACGUGCAAAGGAUGUCACCGUCACUGGCACAGACAUUCCCAAGCCUGUCACUACCUUCGACGAAGCUGGCUUCCCUACCUAUGUCCUCAAUGAAGUCAAGGCUCUUGGUUUCUCUGCACCCACUGCUAUUCAGUCUCAGGGUUGGCCCAUGGCACUCUCUGGUCGCGAUAUGGUUGGUAUCUCUGCAACCGGUUCCGGCAAGACCAUCUCAUUCUGUCUGCCUGCUAUUGUCCACAUCAACGCACAACCUCUCCUUGCGCCUGGCGAUGGACCUAUUGUCCUUGUGCUUGCUCCUACCCGUGAGCUUGCAGUCCAGAUCCAAGUCGAAUGCACCAAGUUUGGUCAAUCUUCGCGUAUCCGCAAUACCUGCGUGUAUGGUGGUGUUCCCAAAGGUCAACAAAUCCGCGACCUCUCUCGCGGUGUUGAGAUUUGCAUUGCAACACCUGGUCGAUUGAUUGAUAUGCUCGAGUCUGGCAAGACCAACUUGCGUCGCGUCACGUAUCUCGUUCUCGAUGAAGCAGAUCGUAUGCUUGACAUGGGUUUCGAGCCUCAGAUUCGCAAGAUUGUGGAACAGAUCCGUCCAGACCGUCAGACACUGCUCUGGUCUGCUACAUGGCCUCGCGAGAUUCAGCGUCUCGCCAAUGACUUUUUGCACGACUUUAUUCAGGUGCAGGUGGGUUCGACAGAGUUGUCUGCUUCGCACACCAUCACACAGAUUGUUGAGAUUGUGAAUGAAUACGACAAACGCGGCAAGAUGACCAAAUACCUCGAGCAAGCUAUGGAGGACAAGCAAAACAAGAUUCUCAUCUUUACAGGCACCAAGCGUGUUGCCGAUGACAUUACAAAGUACCUGCGUCAAGAUGGCUGGCCAGCGCUAGCUAUUCACGGUGACAAGGCUCAAUCGGAGCGUGACUGGGUCCUCAACGAAUUCAAGACUGGCAAGAGUCCUAUUAUGGUUGCUACUGAUGUGGCAUCGCGUGGUAUCGAUGUCAAGAACAUCACUCACGUUCUCAACUACGAUUUCCCAAACAACACAGAAGACUAUGUCCACCGUAUUGGACGAACGGGUCGUGCUGGUGCGACCGGAACGGCCAUUACCUUGUUUACGCAAGAAAACAGCAAGCAGGCACGCGAUCUCGUGACUGUGCUCAAGGAAGCCAACCAAGUCAUUCCUGAGGAACUCCAAGCCAUGACGCGUUACGGCGGCGGUGGCGGCGGCGGUGGUCGUGGAUGGCGUGGUGGUCGUGGCGGUGGUCGUGGACGAGGUAGGUGGUAA